AUGCCGGCCGAAGCCCCCGACUGCGCCGCAGCCUUCAGCGAGAGCCACUGGGGCCUGCGCAUCGGCGCAAUCUUCAUCAUCCUCGCCACGAGUCUCUUCGGCACCGUGCUCCCCAUCGUCCUGCGCCGCAGCACUGUGGUCCCGCGCCCCGUGUUCGACUUUGCGAAAUACUUUGGCUCGGGCGUCAUCAUAGCCACAGCCUUCAUACACCUGCUCGCGCCGGCGUUUGACGCGCUCGGCUCCGAAUGCCUCUCGGGCACAUGGACGGAGUACGACUUUGCGCCGGCGCUCGCGAUGGUCUCUGUCUUCGCCAUGUUCUUCGCCGAAGUCGCGGCGUACCGUAUCGGCUCGCGGCGGCUGGCCAAGCUCGGGCUAGUCAGCGCACAUGCAGACGCGGGCGACGCGCACGCACACUCGCACUCGCACUCGCACUCGCAUUCCCACUCGCACGCACACUCGCAAGCGCACGCGCACGAGCUCGACAGCCUCCCAGAAGAUCACGUCACGGACCCCGAGCUCGCCCUCGCCCUCCCGAGCAAAGAGGAGGCGAGCGAGACGUCGUCCCUCGCACCAGCCGAAGCGGCCGCGCAGCUCGUCGCCGUCGCGGUCCUCGAAUUCGGCGUGAUCCUGCACUCGAUCAUCAUCGGCCUCACGCUGGCGGUGAGCGACGAGUUCGUGGUCCUCUUCAUCGUGAUUGUCUUCCACCAAAUGUUCGAAGGGCUGGGUCUCGGCUCGCGCCUUGCCGGGCUGCACCUCCCGUCGCGCGAGUGGGCGCGGUACGCCGCCGCCGUCCUUUACGCCGUGUGCACUCCCGUUGGCGUGGCCGUGGGCCUCGGCGUGCGCCGCACGUACAACGAUAAUGGCGAGGCCAAGCUCAUCGUCUCCGGCGUGCUCGACGCCAUUUCCGCUGGUAUCUUGCUUUACACUGGGCUCGUGGAGCUGCUCGCGCACGAGAUCCUGCUCAAUCCGCGCAUGAUGCGCAGCUCGGACGCGCGCCUCGCGUACGUCUUCGUGUGCAUGGCGCUGGGGGCGGGGCUCAUGGCUCUUCUGGGCCGCUGGGCGUAG